AUGUCAGAUUGGGACUCAGUUACUAUAAUAGGUCAAAAAGCUAGAAUUGGUGGUGGUGGACCAAGAGAAAAUGUUGCAAAAACACAGUCACAGUUAAAUGCUGCAAGAAGACAAGGUCUUGUGGUUGGAACUGAAAAAAAAUAUGGUACAUCGAAUACAAAGUCAAAUCCAGAGGGUCAAAGAUUAACAAAAUUAGAUGCUACUGAUGAUGUUGUCGCAGUUAAAAAAGUAGAUACUAGUGUUGGAAAAGCUAUUCAAAAAGCAAGACAAGAAAAGAAAUUUACUCAAAAGGAUUUAGCAACCAAAGUUAACGAAAAACCAAAUGUUAUUAAUGAUUAUGAAGCUGGUAGAGCAGUACCAAAUCAACAAUUAUUAGGUAAACUAGAAAGAGCAUUAGGUGUUAAGUUAAGAGGUAAAAAUAUUGGUGAACCAUUAUUUGCUAAAAAAUCAUAA